AUGUCUUGGCACCUGCUUUAUGCCAGGGUGUUUAAGAAGACCAGCUCCAAUGGGAAGCUUUCUAUCUACCUGGGAAAACGGGACUUCGUGGACCACGUGGACUCGGUGGAACCCACUGAUGGUGUAAUCCUGGUUGACCCCGAUUACUUAAAAGGUUGAAAGAUGUUCAUCAUGUUGACAUGUGCUUUUCACUAUGGCCAUGAUGACUUGGAUGGUAUUGGUCUGAAAUUCCACAAAGAUCUGCAUAUACAGGCUCAGCAAGUGGUUCCAGCUGAGCUCAACAGCCCCCAGGUGCCCCUCACAGUUUUACAGGAGCAACUGCUGCACAAGCUGGAGGACAAUGCCUACCCCUUUACCCUUAAGGUUGCCAACCUGCCCUGUUCAGUGACACCGCAGCCAGGUCACAAAGAUGCAGGAAAGGCUUGUGGGGUUGACUUUGAAGUGAAGAGUUUCUGUGCUGAAAACCUGGAGGAGAAAAUCUCUAAGAAUGAUACUGUGAGGCUGGUUGUCCAGAAAGUACAGUUUGCACCCUUGGAGCUGGGCCCCUAUGCCCAGACCAUCCACCGCUUCCUUCUGUCAGCUCAGCCCCUACAACUCCCUGGAUGGACAGGGAGGUUAGUUCACUACCAUGGAGAACCCAUUUCUGUCAGUGUUUCUAUCAACAACUGCACCAACAAAGUCAUCAAAAAACUGGCUUGUUCAGUUGACCACAUCACAGACGUUGUCCUCUACUCACUAGACAAGUACACCAAGACUGUGUUCAUUCAGGAAUUCACGUGAACUAUAGCUGCUAACUACAAUUUCUCUCAGAGCUUUGCACUCACCCCACUCCUGGCCAACUGUCAGAAACAAGGCCUGGCACUGGAUGGCAAACUCAAGCAUGAAGAUACCCAUCUGGCCUCUAGCACAAUUCUUCGACCUGGAAUGAACAAGGAGCUGCUGGGGAUCCUGGUGUCCUACAAAGUCAGAGUCAACCUGAUGGUGUCUGGAGACAUCCUAAGAGAUCUGAUAGCCAGUGAUGUUGGUGUUGAGCUGCCCCUGAUCCUGAUCCACCCAAAGCCAUCUCACCAAGCGGCUAGCUCUGAGGACACAGUCAUCGAGGAUUUUACCAAGCAGGAGCAAGGCGGCCGCGCCGAGACGCAGCAGGCUCUGGCGGCGGAGGGAGAUGAGGAGAAUUGA